GAUAAUUACUAAUUACGUUGUUCCUAACUUCAUGCCUUGCAAAAGGUCGUCUUAAGGUUAUACCCAUUUUAUUCAUUUUCAAUUGAAAAAAACCAUAAAAAUGUUCUCCAGAAUGCUCAGGAACUCUUUAGCUGUAAGCCGCAACUUCAGCACAUCCAGUCAGAACAAUGUAAAGGUAGCCGUGGCUGGUGCUUCUGGGGGAAUUGGGCAACCUUUGUCCCUACUCCUCAAACAAUGUCCCAUGAUCUCAGAACUAUCGCUUUAUGAUAUAGUUCACACCCCUGGAGUAGCAGCUGAUUUAUCCCACAUUGAAACUCCGGCCAAGGUUAAGGGAUUCAUGGGUCCUGACCAACUGAAAGAAAGUUUCAAAGGUGCCGACAUCAUCGUAAUCCCAGCAGGUGUCCCAAGAAAACCAGGUAUGACAAGAGAUGACCUCUUCAACACAAAUGCAAGUAUUGUCAGGGAUCUUGCAAAGGCAGCUGCAGAAGUUGCUCCCAAAGCUCUUAUUGCCAUAAUUUCCAACCCGGUUAACAGCACAGUACCAAUUGCCGCUGAAGUAUUCAAAAAAGCAGGAGUGCAUGAUCCAAAGAGAAUUUUUGGAGUUACAACUUUGGAUAUUGUUAGGGCCAACACUUUUGUAGCAGAAGCUAAAGGCCUCAAUCCUCUGGAUGUUAAAGUACCAGUCAUCGGUGGCCAUUCUGGUGUUACUAUCAUACCCGUUAUCUCUCAAGCAACACCAUCCGUCAGUUUCACCACUGAACAAUUGAAGCCUUUGACUGUCAGGAUACAAGAGGCUGGUACAGAAGUUGUGAAAGCUAAGGCCGGUGCAGGAUCUGCUACUCUCUCGAUGGCAUAUGCCGGAGCAAGAUUCACAAUCUCCCUCAUCAGGGGAUUGAAAGGGGAGAGCAAUGUGAUAGAAUGUGGAUUUGUAGAAUCCAAUGUGACGGAAGCAUCCUAUUUCUCAACACCCCUUCUAUUGGGCAAAAACGGCUUGGAAAAGAAUUUGGGUAUGGGUAAAUUGUCGCCAUUCGAAGAAGGUUUAUUGAAAGAAGCCAUCCCAGAAUUGAAGAAAAAUAUUCAGAAAGGUAUCGAUUUUGUAAAUAAGAACUAAGGACAAUGUUGAAAGUUUCAAUUGGAGAACUGACGUUAAGAUCCAUCAAAUUUUUUAUCUAGAUUGCUGCAGGCAUUUGUAUAUUAUUUAUACGUAAAUAAAAUUAACUUAAGUUUAA